AUAUUGUAUUUUAUGAUCGCAAUCCGUUAAACUGUAGGAAAUUUGAAUUUUUCCGUUUGUGUUUUUACACCUCAAGUUUAUGUUAUAUUAUUAUAAACUUUCACAUGGAUAAUGUAAUAUGUGCAUUCAUAAAAAUUACUCUAAGUUGUUAAGACAUAGACUGUAUUAAUUAACAAAACAAAGAAAUGUUCGUUAAAUCCAGUUCCACGAUUAUUACAUAUUUUUAAAAGGGGAAAACUAAAGUUAAGCAUUCACGAUUAAGAAUGACAGAAUGUUCAACCUGCCCAAAGAAUACACCUAAAACAGAUUAUGAAAGACCACAACCAAUUAAAAUUGGAAAAUUGCUUAGACAGGCUGAAAAUUUAAGGAAUGUUCAAAAAGAUAGUGUCCGUAAGAAAAUACAACCAGAAAGAUUAGGUCCAUCCUCAACUGUAAAGAGUACAAAAAAAGAUAGUAAACAAAAUGGUACAUGUGAUGGAACUGUAAAUGUUAUGAAAUGUGUACGUAGAAAUCUUAAUUUUAAUGAAUUUCCUGUUAAGUCUUCACAGAACAAUCAUGAAAAUAAAACUCAGCCAAAUAAAUUAACACUUGAUGAGUCAAUCAGUAAAAAGUGUUCUGAUUCGAUAAUAAAAAAGAAAAGUUUGUUGUUGCCUUCAAAUACAAUAAAGGAAAAACAUUCACAAAAAUGUACUGAUAAAGUAAAUAGAUACUCAAAAAUACCUGUAAUACCAAACAAAAUUCCACUUAUCAAUAAAGAAAAUAUUGUUAGAAAAGAACAGAAAAAAACGGAAACAGUCAAUAUUUUGCAGCUAAAUAAGGAAUCUCAUAAAAUUAACAAUUCCACUAUGAGAUUUGGCAGUAUUAAACCACUCAGUGAAAACAAAAUUGUAAAAUCUUCUGGCCACUUAAAUUCGAUAUCUACUGAUACAAGUCAUCUACAGUGUCUUGAAACUUCACAUAUUGUACCAAAAUUAAAAAUUUCUCUGUGCCCAACCAAUCAAGAAAUAACAAUGAAUAAUGAGAAUCAGUUACUUGUACAAAAUAACCCAUCACAAGAAAGAUGUACUUCAAAUGAGACUGAUUUAACAACAGAACAGUUUACAAAAUCAGAAGAAGGUGAAUGUACACAAGGUUUAUAUAGUAUCUUACAAGAUACAAAAUUGGUAGAUUCUGAAAAUAAUAUGAUUUGUAUAAAUAGAGAUAAGAUUAUGAGCCUAGAAUGCGAUUUGAAAAAUUUAUUAAGUGUAACAGAAGAAAAUGUAUUGAAAUUGAAAUCAAUGUUAAUGUGUAUUACAAAAUUAUUAUCUGGAAAUGAUGAGAAAAUUACACUGUCUAAUGCUGAUGUAAAAAAAAAUCAUACUGAACUAGAGAAACCACCUAAAGAAGUUCAAGUCGAUACUUAUAAUUUAAUUGAACAACAAUUGGAAGAAAAUGUAAGGACACCUAUUGCACAUACUUCACGGAUUAAUGUAACAAAUGUACUGUCUUUAAAUACAAAUCAAAAUGUUGAAAGUGAUAAAAAAAAUUAUGAACUUAUUAAUGUAAAAAGAAUGUCUAAUGGAGAUGGAAGUUUUUUAGAAUUGGAAAAGCAACUUAACAUUAUACAUACAAAACCCACUAAGGAUUCUAUUUCUCUGCAAGAGACUCCUAUAGUUAUACGGUAUAAACAAAAACGGUCAUUCAGAGAAUAUAUGGCUUUAAAAUCAACUAUGAAGUUUUUAGAAACUCCAGAUGGUAAAAAGCUUAAACCUUUGUGUCAAAUAGACAAUAUAGACAAUUCUAUUCUCAAUGCUACAUAUAUAUCUAAUAAAUUACUGACAGAUCUUAGUAAUCUAUACUCUGAAUCACCGGAAUCUUAACUAUGAACAUUUUUCUUUAUUAUAUGACAAACUAAAAAGAAUUGUUAAUAUACUUAUUUACUUUA